GCGUUUUGUGCAGGUCAUCUGCAGCCAAUUGGAGGAGUACAACAGCCGUCACGCUUUAUGCAAUGGGACAUCUGAGGGGCCAAUACUGCGCAAUCCUGGAAACCACGACAAAGCCAGGACCCCAAGGCUCCCCUCCUCUGCUGAUGUGGAAUUUUGCCUGAGUUUGACCCAGUAUGAAUCGGGUUCCAUGGAUAAAGCUGCCAACUUCAGCUUUAGAAAUACACUGGAAGGAUUUGCUAGUCCACUUACUGGGAUAGCAGAUGCCUCACAAAGCAGUAUGCACAAUGCGUUGCACAUCUACAUGAAUGGAACGAUGUCCCAAGUACCGGGAUCUGCCAACGAUCCUGUUUUCCUUGUUCAUCAUGCAUUUGUUGACAGUAUUUUUGAACAGUGGCUUCGAAGGCACCAUCCUCUUCAAGAAGUUUAUCCAGAAGCCAAUGCACCCAUUGGGCACAACCGGGAAUCCUACAUGGUUCCUUUUAUACCUCUCUAUAGAAAUGGUGAUUUCUUUAUUUCAUCCAGAGAUCUGGGUUAUGACUAUAGCUACCUACAAGAUUCAGGACCAGACAGUUUUCAAGAUUACAUUAAACCCUACUUAGAACAAGCAAGUCAGAUCUGGCCAUGGCUCAUUGGGGCAGCCGUGGUAGGGUCUGUCCUCACUGCUGUGCUGGGAGGACUCACUAGCCUGUUGUGUCAUCGAAAGAGAAAGCAUCUUCCUGAAGAAAAGCAGCCACUCCUUAUGGACAAGGAGGACUACCACAGCUUGUUGUAUCAGAGCCAUUUAUAAAAGGCUUAAGCAAUAGAGUUGGGCCAAGAAACCUGACCUCACUCUAAAUUAAAUGAUGUUAAAGUCCCUAGGGGUUGUCCCAGCAGAAAUCCUUGGUGUGUGUCUAUGAAGAUCAUUAUUAGAAUUGUUAUCUUAAUACAAAAUAUACCCCUCGUCCAACUCAGGUAGAAGCCACCUGUGCUUGCUUUGCUGUAUUUUGAUCAUUCCCUUAAUAGUUUUCCUCAAGCCCAUAUUUCCAAGGAAAAGAUGCCAUUUGGUAAUGGAGGUGCUAGUCUGCUAGUCAUAUCUGAAUGAAAGUGCUCUUAUAAAAUAUGACAACAAUUGUGAUUAUUUUCCUCCUGAUUGUUUAAUGACGUUUCUUUUAUUAUCCCCUUUCUUUGAUUUUAAUAAAAUAGUAACGAAUUUACA